CUGGUGACUGCUGUGGCGCUCCACAGUUGCUGUUGAUAGAAUCACUGAGUUCCUGGGUUUUGGCACCAAAUGAUGUGUUGGAAUAGCAGCUCGCAUCUGAACAUAGCACACUCUAGGCCCAAAACAGUCCCAUGUAUAAGAGUUUUAUUGGGAAAGAGAGGGAUGAAGUGGCAUCAGAAACAGAAUUGGGACAGAGAGAGAAAGAGAGGGGGUGAGAGAGAGAGAGAGAGGGGGGAGGGGCAUUCCUCUUAUAUAUAUGGAUGGUGACAUGGUCCCAGAUAAAGGUAGGAGGUGAGCCCAAUGGAUUCUGGGAAUAUGGUGGCUGUUGCCUUGGCAACAGGUAUGUGAGGCCCACCUAUGUGAUGUCACAGGUUUCAGAGGUCCUGAUGCCAACAGCUCUAGGACCAAAUCAGUUUUUGACAAACCCUAAACCUGUGUUAAGACCAUCUCCCAGACUAGUCACUACUUUAUCCCCAGCCACUCAAUCACAAGGAUGCUCAGUUCUAGAACUUUUACUGAAACACACAGAACCAGUGGAUCCCCUCUGGUCAAGGGUGUUAAAGACCUUUCAAAUUCUGAAUGUCUCCCAGACAGAACUUAACACCUCUUAUCAAUUAUGUCAUAAUGCUAGAUCUCCCCUUUUAUGAAGGCACUGGGUUAAUAGUUGGAUACAAUGUGUCUAAAAGAGAUAAUGUCUAUAGAUGGCUGCAAGAAGGUACAGCUUUAACCCUGCAGACUGUAUCAGGGCAAGGUCCUGUCUGACUUCUGGUCUGAAGAAACCCACAGACCGGAGUGGAACUGCAGGCUGGAUCCACUCAGAUGGCGCCCGGGCGUGCGGCUCAGACGCGGAGGAAAUAGAUAGAGGACAUACUGUCGCAGAGCUCUGCCUCAAAAAGGAAAGAAGGAAAAGGAUGUACAUCUUCCACAUGGUAGGUAAUUGAUGCCAGUGCUGGCCAUAUUGAAGAAGUCCGUGGGGGAAGGGUGCGGGUCUAGGUUGGAUCAGUACUGACCCUGUGUGUGAUUCACCUAGGGAUUUGACAGUGAGAAAUGGGGUCGAAGAUUUCAAAAGUAGCUGUUCAAAAGGCAGACAAGCUACUCAGAAUGAAGGGGUUCAGGGCUGAGAAGAAAGCACUGAUGGACUUGUCAGAAAAGAUAGAAGGACUUGUCCUUGGCUAGAAGGACUUAUGGAUUUCCCCUCCGCCUUUGGGGGAUGGUAAUGGAAGUUUGACUAGCUCUGAGAUAACGGAGACAGACAAUUCCUCAGUAGGCUCCGUGUAUAGAGAACGAAAGGGAUUGAAACACCUCCUCAGAUUCAAGUACAGACUCUGAGGGAGGCCAAAAUACCUCCGUGGAGGUGGAGAGGUGGGGCGUGCGGUGCUGGCUGCGGGCUGUACCAAGGUUCACCGCUCCGCUUUCUCUGUGGUUUAUUCAGGAGAAAAUCCUGGUCUUUGUUCUUUAUGUUACAUGUUGCAUAUAAAUUUGUUUAUUUGUCCUGUCUUGAUGAGUGAAUGCGGGUCUUUUGUCUUGCGUUUUUGUCUUAUCUUGUGUUACAUGUGGUCAACAUGGCGACGCCCACAACGUGGGUUCGCUGCCCUGACCAAGCUCAGCAGCCUCGCUGCCUCCGGACAGAGCCCUGAGAUGACAGUUCGGCCAGAUAUGGUGGCUUUGGCCAGCUUGACGGGGGCUGUCCAGCAGUCCCUCUCUCCGUGGGUGUUCACGAACUGGGAUAAUUGAGUACCUGUGGAAACAAGCGGGUGAGGGAGGAGACAAAGAAACCACACCAAGAAGAUUUAUCAAGUUGUCUGAGAGCCAAGGAUAUCAUUUAUAGAACAAGACCUUCUUAUGAAAGGGUUUGUACUAGGAAAACAUCUCAGAAUCGCCUCCUCUGAGUCUCCUGUUAAGCUUUACUGCUGCUAUGGAGUGAUCACAGUCCUCGUUGUAGCUGUAAUUGCUCUUUCGGUUGCUUUGUCAGCAGGCAAGACAGAACAGAUCUCAAUAAAAAAUUACAUCUAUGCUCCUUGCCCGAGAAACUGGAUUGGAAUUGGAAAUAAAUGUUUUUAUUUUUCUGAACAAACAACAAACUGGACAUUCGCCCAGGACUUCUGCAUGGCACACGAGGCCCAACUAGCUCAGUUUGACAAUGAGGAGGAGAUGAACAGUCUUAGGAAAUUCAUGGGGUCUUCUAGCCACUGGAUUGGCCUGCACAGAGAGUCACCAGAGCACCCUUGGAUGUGGGCAGACAGCACCGAGUAUGACAACUUGGUUUCCAUCCGAGGAGAUGAAAAACAUGGCUUCCUGAGUGACAAUGGGAUAAGCAGUAGCAGGGCCUACAUAAAUAGGAAGUGGAUUUGUAGCAAGUCCAGCAACAAAACCUUACAGUGUCAGUAGUUUUUAUCCUGGAGAUUGAAUAUGUCAUAGCAAUCACAAGGAACACAUAAUUUAUUAUCUUCUGUUGCUGCCUUAUUAAUGAUCUGCUAAAAUCAUUAUCACAGUCAGUACAUAAUACACGGUGACAUCAAAGAUGACAACUCUCUUUGAGGAAUAUUCAUAGGUGUGCUUGGAAGAUCAUGAAUGGUUCUAAAUUAAAUAGGUAUUCAGCUGG